AUGUCUCGAGAAUCGUCGACGUUGACGUCGGCUCCUCAGUUAGCUCCACAAUUCUGUUUCAACGAGAGGUUGCUCAGAGAUUUUCUACGGAUUUCCAGGUCAACCAUCGAUGAUUCGAUCACGCAAAACCUCAAUGCAUUGUACGACCCAGCCCGACAAGGUUUUGACCCCUCAUCAACAGCCAUUCGCCAAGUAGACGCUGGAGAAGGGAAACAGAUCGACGCCGCUGCUUGCCAGGGCUUCAAGAAUAAUGUUUUGUUUCCGUCAUGGCAGGUUCGCUCGGACGUGCUGAACUACUGCGCCGGGGUGGCUACGAGCCCUGAUCCGGAAGACCCGGAUCUCAUUCUCCGACAGACGGAAUCUGCUCUAGACCGUGAGCGCGUUGUCGACGACCGGCUAGACCCAUACACGGCCCGUUUCUUGCCUCGGGAGGCACGAACGGAGUCAUUGGCAAACCUCGUUCGGACUCAACGGGGCGUCGAAGAAAUCAUACGCGCGCGCACAUGGGGUUUGGUAUCCGACAGAUGUAGUGACUCGUCGGAAACCUGGCAAGAAGCUCUCAAUAAAUGGCGUGAGAAUAAACAGCAGAAGCCAGCGCCACCGUCAACAGAAUGA